AUGGACUUGCUAGGAGGCUACGGAUCAGAGGAUGACAGCAGCCCGCCCCCAAGCCCUCCAGCAACGCGCGGCGGCGGCAGCGGCGUCGCAACAAGCAGCGCUCCACGCCUGCUUGCCAGCAUGCCCGCCCCCAAAUCAGCAGCACCCGAAGUAUCGGGAGCUUUGCAGACAAACAGCGGCGCCGCACGCGGCCUGCCAGCAGGCUUCUUCGACUCUGGCGCUGAGCCAAGCGCGUCGGGGCGAGCAGCAGCUGCACCCCCCGCCCCCGUCGGUGGGGGCGGCGCCUCCCUGCCGGCCGGCUUCUUCGACGCCGCGGCCGACCCCCCGCCGCCGCCGCGCGCCCCGGCCGGCGCCGCCGACGUCGGUCCCGCGCUGCCUCCGGAGCUCGCGCGGCGGCGGCGGUUGGGGCCGGGCGCGGGUGACACGUCCGACCUGCCCGCCCCCUCGGACCCCGAGCUCUUUUCAAAACUGCCAGCCCCAAAGGCCGCCCCCCGCGCCGGCGCCGCGGCGGGCGGCAAGCGGCGGGUGCUGCUGAAGUCAUCCAUAGACCUGGCCAUGCUCCAGGGCGACUCGAGUGACGAGGAGGGCGGCGCUGCCGCAGCCAAACGCGCGAAGACAGCGGCGGCGGGCGGCGCGCGGCCGGGCACGGGCGCUAAGCACGAGAUACUCGGCUUCCUCCCUGCCCCCAAGCACGACGCCGCCCCCAAACGCAGCGGCGCGGGCGGCGGCGGAGGCGACGGGGUGCAAGAGGCGAUGCGGCGGCGGGAGGAGAGCAGGCGCGCCGCGCAGCAGGGCGCCGAGGCGGCGGCGGCGGCGGGGCCGGUCGGCAACGAGGCGUUCAGGGUGGCGCCUGGGCCCGCGCCGGCGCCGCAGGCGCCGGCCCCCGGAGACGAGUACCGAGUGCAGGGGCCGCCCGCGGCGCACCGCACGCAAGGCGCGGCGGCGGCGGCGGCGGCGGCGGCGUCUGCACCAGCAGAAGCUUAUCACUACCCCCAGCAGCAGCACUACCAGCAGCAGCAGCAGCAGCAGCAGCACCACAACCACUACCAGCCGCAGCAAUGGCACCAGCAGCAGCACCAACACGCCCACGCCCACGCCGCCGCCGCGGGGCCGGCGGAUUUCCAGGGCAUGAGCCUGGAAGAGGCGGCGCUGCAGGCGGCCCUCCAAGAGGAGGCCGACCGCGCGGCACGCCGCGGCGCCGGCGGCGCGAGUGCAAUGGCUGCGUCCAUCCAGUUCCAGGAGGUGGACGCGUCGCGGCUGAAGCACGUCGACCCCGCGCGGCGCGAGGCGAACGAGGGCAUGCGGGCCGCGCUGGGGACGGGCUACGCGGCGGCGCUGCGGGCGCAGGCGGCGCCGUUUGAGGGGGACAAGAUGGCGAAGCGGAAGCACCAGAUCGGGACGCUGUUCCACAACGCCAAGAUGAAGGAACUCGAGAUCCUGGAGAACAGGGCGUCGGGCAUGAAGAGCAAGGCGGAGACGCAGGGCAAGUACGGCUGGUAG